AUGCCGUACGAGGUCCUUGUUGGAGGCUCGUGCUACACGCCUUCGGAUGCCCAGAAGCUGCGCGAGCUCAUCAACAAGUCCAGCCCCUCCAAGGUCAAGGACAUCCAGGGCCAAUGGAUCUACUAUGUGAACCUGCAGGUGUCGUCUCACGACACUCUGGAGUCUGUUGAGGAGCUGCUGCAGGAUGUUCGCGGCUGGGGCCUGGCUUCCGAGGGUGCCGGAAACGCCCUGACGAUCUACGCAACGCCUCGCUACAUCUCGCCAUGGAGCUCCAAGGCCACCAGCAUUGCUCACGUGUGUGGCCUGAGGGAGCGAGUCUUGCGCAUUGAGCGAGGCCGUCGCAUUUCCAUCCAGUUCGAGGAGCCCUUGUCCGAGGGCCAGGAUGCUACAUUCCGCGAUGUGCUCUACGACCGCAUGACGGAGCUGUGGAGCUCUGAGCCGCCCUCUUUGGUCCAGAUGUUCGAGUCCAAGGCGCCGUCUCCUCUGGUUGCCGUGGACAUUUUCGCGGACAAGGAGGAUCCUCUGCGAAUCCUCAGGGAGUACAAUGUCAAGAAGGGCCUCAGUCUUGACGAAUCUGAGAUGCAGUACCUUGUCGACGUUUUCACCAAGCUUGGACGGCCGCCUCACGAUGUGGAGCUCUUCAUGUUUGCCCAGGUCAACUCAGAACACUGCCGACACAAGGUCUUCAACUCGGCGUGGACCAUCGAUGGUGUCCCUCAGGACAAGAGUCUUUUUGAGAUGAUCAAGACGACUCACAAGACCACGCCUGACUUUACUGUCUCGGCUUACAGUGACAAUGCGGCAGUCCUCGAAGGCGACAACGCCAACGUCUGGGCUCCCGAUUACUCUACUGGCUCCUGGAAGCUCAUUCCAGAGGUCGUCCACAUCCUCACCAAGGUUGAGACUCACAACCACCCCACUGCCAUCUCGCCGUUCCCUGGAGCAGCCACUGGCUCAGGUGGAGAGAUUCGAGAUGAAGCUGCAGUUGGACGAGGUUCUACGACAAAGGCUGGUUUGAGCGGCUUCUGGGUCUCUGACCUGCUCAUCCCCGACAACCACGCUCCCUGGGAGAGUGACAUUGGCCGACCUCGCCACUAUGCUAGCAGUCUGGACAUUAUGCUCGAGGCGCCGAUUGGCAGUGCUCGGUUCAACAACGAAUUCGGCCGCCCGGCUCUUGCAGGUGUCUUUAGAACUCUCCUGACACCUGAGGAAUCCACGGAUGGUUCCGAUGCGUCAAGCGUUGCGAACUGGCGAGGCUACCACAAGCCCAUCAUGAUUGCUGGUGGCCUCGGAACAGUCCGACCCCAACAUGCCCUCAAAGAGGAGCAAUAUGUUAAAGAGGGCGCCCAUGUUAUUGUCCUUGGAGGCCCUGCAAUGCUCAUCGGUCUCGGUGGCGGUGCUGCUUCUAGCAGCGCCGGCGGAGAGAGCAAUGCCGAUCUCGACUUUGACAGUGUUCAGCGCGGUAAUCCUGAGAUGGAACGACGCGCUCAAAUGGUCAUCAACACCUGCACUGCCCUGGGUGAACACAAUCCGAUUGCCAUGAUCCACGAUGUCGGUGCUGGUGGAUUGUCAAACGCUCUGCCCGAGUUGGUCAAGGACGCUGGAUUCGGAGGAAACUUUGAGCUUCGCCAGGUGGAAAGCAUGGACCGAAGCAUGAGCCCAUUGGAGAUUUGGUGCAACGAAGCCCAAGAGCGAUAUGUUCUCCUAAUCAACGCCGACGGCAUGAACCGUUUCACGAGCAUCUGCCGAAGAGAACGAUGUGGAUUUUCAGAUGAGUAUCCCAGGCCCAUCGACCUCCCCAUGGAUGCCCUCUUCCCUCCCAAGCGCUUGCUCCAGCGAGAUGUUGUUUCCAAGAAGCCCAGUCUGCUUGCCUUCAACGCGCUGUCCAGCCUCCAGAAGGCUUAUGGAGAAUUGAGCGGUGCCGAACUUUUCAAGAAGGCCGUCGAGCGUGUUUUCUUGAUGCCAUCUGUUGGCUCCAAGUCGUUCCUGAUCACCAUCGGUGAUCGAAGCGUUGGUGGCCUCACCGUGCGUGAUCAGAUGGUUGGUCCUUGGCAGACGCCGGUGGCCGACGUUGCGGUAACAGCUACGUCGUUCCACAUUGGCACCAAGCAGAAGACGGGUGAGGCCAUGGCAAUGGGUGAGAAGCCCACCCUUGCUUUGAUUGACCCUGCUGCCUCCGCAAGAAUGGCUAUUGCAGAAAGUUUGAUGAACAUUGGUGCCGCUGAUGUCACAGGCGAUCUGCGUCGCGUGAAGCUCUCUGCCAACUGGAUGGCCGCCGUGAAUCACGCUGGUGAAGGAGCAGCAUUGUACGAAGCCGUCCGAGCGGCGAUGGAGAUGUGCACCAGACUCCGAGUUAGCAUCCCCGUCGGCAAGGACUCGACAUCCAUGAAGGCCUCAUGGAAGGAUAACGAGGAGUCAAAGAACGUAACAGCGCCGGUUUCUGUCGUCAUUUCUGCCUUUUCGGCGGUUCGUGACAUUCGCAGCACUUGGACCCCCCAACUUCGUCGCGUGGAAGAUGUGGGCGAGACUUGCCUCAUGUUUGUCGAUCUUGCAGAGGGACGAAGAGCUAUGGGUGGUUCGGCACUCGCUCAGUCUCUUGGUGCCGUUGGCGACGAGGCUCCUGACAUGAAGAACUUUGACCUCAUCACGGAUUACUUUGACGCCUUGUCUCAGCUUCACAAAAGCGGUGUUGUCCUGGCCUACCACGACAGAUCUGACGGUGGUCUGAUCACUACCGUUGCUGAAAUGAUGUUCGCUGGCCGUUGUGGCGUUGAUAUGAUGCUGGAUGGCAUCUCCAAGUCGGGCAAGCCGGAGGAUAUCAUCGAGGCCAUGUUCAACGAAGAGAUUGGUGCUGUGUUCCAGAUCCGCACUGAGGACGAGAUCAACUUCAAGCGAUGCUUCGCCACCUGUGGACCUCCACCCGGCCUGAUUCGCAAGUUUGGUGUUGUCCGAUCGACUUCCAAGCAGAGCCUGAAUAUUCGUCACGGAGGUAUCACCUUUACCACUCUGGACCGCGCGGAGAUGCAGCAGUGGUGGUCCAAGACUUCGUAUGAGAUGCAGAAGAUCAGAGACAACUCUGCCUGUGCCGAGUCCGAGUUUUCCACCAUUGCUGACUCUGCGGAUCCCGGUAUCACCUAUAAGCUUUCCUUCUCGCCUGCUGAGAACAUCCUCCCCAUUACCUCGUCCAUCACUGGCUUCUUUGGAAAAAUCCCUCGUGUUGCCAUUCUCAGAGAGCAGGGUGUCAACGGCUAUGCUGAGCUGGCUUACGCCUUCAAGGCUGCCGGCUUCGAGCCUAUUGAUGUUCACAUGACCGAUGUCCUGGACGGACGCUCUCUCGCCGACUUUACUGGUCUGGCAGCCCCUGGAGGCUUCUCGUACGGUGACGUGCUCGGCGCUGGCCAGGGCUGGGCCAAGUCCAUCCUCAUGCACGACAACACGCGCAGAGAAUUCGCCGCCUUCUUCAAGCGUCCCGAUACCUUUGCGCUUGGUGUCUGCAACGGCUGUCAGAUGCUCACCAGGAUCAAGGAGCUCAUCCCCGGCGCCCAGGACUGGCCCAACUUUGUCGACAACACCAGCCAGCAGUUCGAGGCCCGCUACAGCAUGGUCAAGGUGGAGGUGGACAAGUCCAAGCCCUCCGUCUUCUUCCACGGCAUGAACGGCUCCGAGCUCCCCAUCGUCGUGUCCCACGGCGAGGGCCGCGCCAAGUUCGGCUCGCCCAACUCCCUCCAGACGCUCACGGAGUCCGGCAUGGUCCCGCUGCGAUACGUCGACAACCGCGGCAACGUCACGGAGCAGUACCCGUAUAACCCCAACGGCAGCCCGAUGGGUGUCGCCGGUGUGGCGAGCCCCGAUGGCCGUGUUGUGGCGAUGAUGCCGCACCCUGAGCGUACCAUCAUGGCUGACAUUUCUAGCUACGCGCCGCCCGAGGAUCUCGAGGAAUGGGGCGAGUUCGGCCCUUGGCUGCGAAUGUUCCGCAGUGCCCGCAGAUGGGUUGGUUAAAGUGCCGUGUAUGGGAUACCGGUUUUUUGUGCGACUUGCUAAAAUUUCCUUGUUUUUGUAAAAAAAGAUAACCUUAGAAAAUAUCCAACAUUGAGGGAGGCGUAGGGUGGGUUGAUUGAUUGAUUGAUUCCGGCUGGUAUAUGGGAUGGGCAAUUUCCAUAUGAAAUAAGAUUGAACUGAACAUGCAAAAACAAGUUCUGAAUUCGUG